UGUGCGGAUCAGCAGACGACUAGAGAUAUAAACGCAUUGCUGAAUGAUAUCGAGAAUAGACUCAAAGAGCUUAAUGGCGCUGGGUACUUGAAUUUUGACGGCUCUCUACAGGAAAUAGAAACUAUAUUUUCAAGUGUGGAAAAUGCUAUCGAUUUGCUUCACGAUAACGACUUUCGUGCUCCUAACAUUCUGGUCUUACGGGAUGGCAUGAUAUGUUGA